UUUCUUUCCUGAUUUUCUCCAUUCCCCCCAAUCAUUCAUUCAUACACAGACCCAUUUCUCCCCCACUGUUUUCGCCUAUUAAUUCUGUCUCUUAUUUUUCAACUCAAAAAGAUAAAUCCAAUUUUUUUAGCUCAAAAUUAGUAAACAAAAAAAAUAUGCAUACUACAAAAUCCAAAUCCAAUUUCAAUCCGGGUCACUUCAAAUUGGGUCAAAAUUUACUUCAAUUCAUUUCUCAUAAGUUAAUUCUAUAAAUAAAGAUUUAAUCUUUGGAUUUUGGGUUUAUUUAUUCAUUGAAAAUUAAAUAUGGGUGAAGAAGAAAAUACAAAAAAGAACAGCCGGUUUUCAGUAGAUUUAUUACAACGAUUCGGAUCCGGGUCUGGUGAUCCGGGUCGGGUCGACCCGGAAGAAGAAGACCCGGAACUGAACCUUGGGUUAUCAUUGAACGGAAGGUUUGGUGUUGAUAAGAGUAAGUUAACAAGAUCAUCAUCAAUUGCAGCUAUUUUGCCUGUCGUCAAAAACGACGACGUUUUAGGCAAUAACAAUCCGGGUCGGGUUGCCGGGGCGGGUUAUACCGGGUUGGUCAGGACGGCGUCGUUGCCAGUUGAGACAGAAGAAGAGUGGAGGAAAAGAAAGGAAUUGCAAAGCUUGAGAAGGUUGGCGGCGAAACGACGUCGUUCGGAGAAACAAAAGAGUUUGAAUAGAGUUGAAAGAGAUGAGUAUGUUGCAGCUAUGGGUCGGGUCGGGUCGUCUGUUGGCCCGAAUUUAGGAUCCGGGAAUUGGGAUUUUGGGUGUGGUGGUGGUGCCACGUCGGAUGGGGGGACACCGUCUGUUCCGGGAUCUGUGGAAUCACAAGCUUCAAGUGUGUCUGAAUUUGAAAGUAGACAUGUUCAAGGUACUAGCAGCGAAGGCGAUGCUAGCCCAGCAAGUGUGCAAUCAAGCCAAGAACGAAGCAAUCAAGAUGGCAGCAGUUCAUCUAGGUCAAAAGUGGUUGACCAUGCCGUCCGACCUUUAAGACCUAAGGCCGAAAAUACACCCAAUAACAAAGGGAAAGAGAUACGAUCCAAUACAAUGGACAUGCCAUGUGUCUUCACACAAGGAGACGGUCCUGGUGGCAGAAGAAUCGAAGGGAUCCUUUAUAAAUAUGGAAAAGGUGAAGAAGUGAAAAUAAUGUGUGUUUGUCAUGGGAGUUUUCUUACACCCGCUGAGUUUGUGAAGCAUGCCGGUGGUACAGAUGUUGACAAUCCCUUGAAGCACAUAGUUGUAAACCCCAACUCAUCUUCUUACUUGUAAUGGCGGUGUGUGUUUUGUCAUCACCCCCUUUGAGAAAAUUAAGCUAGGGGAUAACUUAAAAGCCUAAACCCAUCUAAGAGAGUUAGUAUACAUUAUUUGCUUGGUUGUUUUUCUA